UUUUUCUAUUCCAGCAACUGUUUCCAUGAAGGAAAAAACUUGAAGUACUACCUGACUUACUAUUUCAGAGGGAGGUAAAUUUCUUUGUAAAGAAUUUGAGAUUAAAAAUUAAUACCUUAAACCUCCCAAAAGAAAUAACCCAAAUCUGAAGGUUAAUACAGUAUAGGUAUACCUAUACAGAUACAGUAUACCUUGUUUUAUUGCACUUUACUUCAUUGUGCUUCGCAGAUGUGUGUUUUACAAAUCAAAGGUGGUACUUCUGCAUUGAGGAAGUCUAUUGGCACCAUUUUUAACGAGAGCAUUUGCUCACUUAGUGUCUCUGUCACAUUUUGGUAAUUUUCAGUCUUUUAAACUUGUUCAUUCUAGUUGUAUUUGUUAUGGUGAUCUGUGAUCAGUGAUCUUUGAUGUUACUAUUGUAAUUAUUUUGGGGUGCCAUGAACCAGACCCAUUAACAGUGAACGUAAUUGAUAAAUACUGCAUGUGUUGUGACUGUUCUACCAGUUGGCCCUUCCUCCAUCCCUCCCUCUCCUCGGGCCUCUCUACUCCCUGAGACACAACAAUAUUGAAAUUAGGCCAAUUAAUAAUCCACAAUGGCCUCUAAGUGUGCAAGUGAAAGGAAGAGUCGCAUGUCUCUCACUUUAAAUCAAAAGCUAGAGAUGAUUAAGCUUAGUGAGGAAGGCAUGUCAAAAGCAGAGAUAGGUCGGAAGCUAGGCCUCUUGCGUCAAACAGUCAGCCAAGUUGUAAAUGCAAAGGAUAAGUUCUUGAAGGAAAUUAAAAGUGGUACUCCAGUGAACACACGAAUGAUAAGAAAGCGAAACAGCCUUAUUGCUGAUAUGGAGAAAGUUUUAGUGGUUUGGAUAGAAGAUCAAACCAGCCACAACAUUCCCUUGAGCCAAAGCCUAAUCCAGAGCAAGGCCCUAACUCUCUUCAAUUCUAUGAAGGCUGAGAGAGGUGAGGAGGCUGCAGAAGAAAAGUUUGAAGCUAGCAGAGGUUGGUUCAUGAGGUUUAAGGAAAGAAGCCGUCUCUAUAACAUAAAAGUGCAGGGUGAAGUAGCAAGUGCUGAUGUAGAAGCUGCAGCAAGUUAUCCGGAAGAUCUAGCUAGGAUAAUUAAUGAAGGUGGCUACACUAAGCAACAGAUUUUCAAUGUAGAUGAAACAGCCUUAUAUUGGAAAAAGAUGCCAUCUAGGACUUUCAUAGCUAGAGAGGAGAGGUCAAUGCCUGGCUUCAAAGCUUCAAAGGACAGGCUGACUCUCUUGUUAGGAGCUAAUGCAGCUGGUGACUUUAAGUUGAAGCCAAUGCUCAUUUACCAUUCUGAAAAUCCUAGGGCUCUUAAGAAUUAUGCUAAAUCUACUCUGCCUGUACUCUAUAAAUGGAAUAACAGAGCCUGCAUGACAGCACAUCUGUUUACAACAUGGUUUACUGAAUAUUUUAAGCCCACAGUUGAGACCUACUGCUCAGAAAAAAAAAUUGCUUUCAAAAUAUUACUGCUCAUUGACAAUGCCCCUGGUCAUCCAGGAGCUCUGAUGGAGAUGUACAAUGAGAUUAAUGUUGUUUUCAUACCUGCUAACUCAUCGUCUGUUCUGCAACCCAUGGACCAAGGAGUCAUUUCAACCUUCAAGUCUUACUAUUUAAGAAAUACAUUUCGUAAGGCUAUAGCUGCCGUAGAUAGUGAUUCCUCUGAUGGAUCUGGGCAAAGUAAACUGAAAGCCUUUUGGAAAAGAUUCACUAUUUUAGAUGCCAUUAAGAACAUUCGUGAUUCAUGGGAAGAGGUCAAAAUGUCAACAUUAACUGGAGUUUGGAAGAAGUUGAUUCCAGCCCUCAUGGUUGACUUUGAGGGGUUCAAGACUUCAGUGGAGGAAGUAACUGCAGAUGUGGUAAAAAUAGCAAAAGAAUUAGAAUUAGAUGUGGAGCCUGAAGAUGUGACUGAAUUGCUGCGAUCUCAUGAUAAAACUACAACGGAGGAGGAAUUGCUUCCCAUGGGUGAGCAGAGAAAGUGGUUUCUUGAAAUGGGAUCUACUCCUGGUGAAGAUGAUGUAAAGAUUGUUGAGAUGACAACAAAGGAUUUAGAAUACUACAUAAACUUAGUUGAUAAAGCAGCAGCAGGGUUUGAGAGGAUUGACUCUAAUUUUGAAAGAAGUUCUUCUGUGGGUAAAAUGCUGUCAAACAGUAUCUCAUGCUACAGAGAAAUUGUUCGUGAAAGGAAGAGUCCAUCAAUGAGGCAAAUUUCAUUACUGUCUUAUUUUAAGAAAUGGCCACAACCACCCCAACCUUCAGCAACCACCAUCUUGAUCGGUCAGCAACCAUCAACAUCAAGGCAAGACCCUCCACCAGCAAAAAAAUUAAGGCUUGCUGAAAGCUCGGAUGAUGGGAAGAGGAAAUGAAAAUAUCAGUUGCUUUUAAACAUUGAAAAGAAAUCUAGAGUCUUCUUAGCAAGCU